AUGACGGCGGCCAUCCUAACUCUCAUGACGGCGGCCAUUCUACACUCUCAGCUGACGCAUCACGGGUACAUGAGGAAAUCCUUUUUCGACCUCGACCCCCAGUCUUCAGAGCCCGACGAGGAGGGGUGGAUCCCCGAGUUGAACCCUGGUACAAUCAGGAUGCUCAACGUCGACCCCCGCAAUGGGGUCGGCCUCCGUUGCGUUCCCAUCUUCAUCGAGGCACUGCGUCGCCGGCAGGUCGGGCAUGGCCGGAAGUGCGACUUUUGCCUCGAAAGGUUCUUCGAAGUUGACUUUGACACCAUUGGGGGCUGGGUCGGUGCAUGCGAGGGCAUUGAGGACAAUCUUCCGUGCCCUUACCCGCCUUGCCACCGGAUAAUGUCCAACGAGGAGAUACGUCUAUACGCGGACCCCGGAACGUGGAAGAGGUACGCUGACCAUAUGCGCAAGGAGAAAAACUGCCAAGACAAUCUCCCCAGGCGUCCGGUGUAA